AUGGAGCUCUUUACUGCAACGAAAGACCUCAAGUUCUUGGAUGCACAUCAAAUCAUCGGAGAAGCAGUGAAAAUUCCAGCCAAAUCAUCAUCAUCUCCACUCUUUUUGAUUACCACCAUAACCCUCAUUCUCCCACUUUCAGUGAUUCAGUUAUUAUGUAAGAUUUCAUUCUCCGACUUUAUGCUUGCCCUGUAUCCCGAAUCAAUCAAUGAGUUCUUCUACAUCCUUUCACUUUUCCUACUGUCUCUUCUCUCUACAUCCGCCAUUGUAUUCACAGUGGCUUCUCUUUAUGCAUCCAAGUCCGUCUCCUUGAUCUCCACUCUCUUUGCGAUUCCUCGCGUAUUUGAACAUCUUCUGAUCACCUUCUUCUACGCCUUGCUUCUCGAGGCCGCGACCUACUACUUGGUCAUCUUCAUUCCAAAGUGUGUCUUAGAUUUCGAAAAUAAGUUUGAAGAAGGAGCUCUGUGGUGGGAUUAUGUUAUCGCAAUUGCUGUCGUAUGUCUUGGUUUUCUUGUUCACUUCUAUGUUAUGGCGCUAUGGCAUUUAGCCAGUGUCAUCUCUGUUCUUGAACCAAAUCUUUAUGGAUUGUCUGCCAUGAAGAAGAGUAAAGAACUUUUACAAGGGAGAACAAAAAAUGCUUUGGAACUUGUGAAUAUCUACUUCGCGGCUACAUGGUUUAUAGGAAAGGGGUUUGGGUUUGCGAUGCAGUUGCCUGAACAUUGCAUGAUGGUUAAGAUUUUGUUGGGGUUGCUGAUUCUCUUCAUGUUGGUUGCUGUUAAUCUCACCGGAUUUUUAGUUCAGAGUGUCUUUUACUUUGCUUUGAAAAGCCACCAUGAUCAAAUAACUGACAAGAAGGUUCUGCAUGAUCAUCUGUGUGGGUAUGUGAAUUCUCCUAGUACUGAUGGUGGUGUGGAGGUGCAGAGCUUGGUCAAGGGUCAAGAAAAAGUAGGUUAUCAGGCUGUUGCACUGGAUGCUACUACUGACGUCUGA